GCGCGUGCGCCCCACCGGGCGUCAUGCAGGCCGCCGCCCCGAGCGACGAGCCCCGCGAGCGCGGCACCCCCGACGUGUGGUCCGUGGACCUGCCUGCGAGGCCGCGGUCCGCGCCGGCCUUCGACCAGGAGCCCGACGCCUACGGCAGGACCGCGGAGGAGGUGCUUGAGGACUUCGCGUCGGGCGGCGCGGCCGCAGAG